UUACCAGCCAUGCCCACCAAGCCAAUAACAAUAUCAUAAAUGCGUCGACAUGCAUAAGCCGCAGCGUAUUACAUACGUCUAUAUGUAUGACUAUAUGAAUGUAUAUACACGCAUGCAUAUACAUAUAAUCAAAAUUACACGAAACCAUUUUCCCACUAAAUGCUGCUGCAGCUUCGAUAUCAAAAACUGUAUGGAAUGCCAUAUUAAUUGAAAAGCUUUAAUCUUUACUCAGACGAACGCUAUGAACGCCACGCUCUUCACUGCCACCCGCAGUCGACACAAGCCGCAAACUGCAAUUGCAAUAAUGCGAUACAGAGCCCAGCGACAAAGUGCAGCAGCAACAAUAACUUAAGCGCGUAUUAUUUAAAACAACAACAAAAAACAAAUCCCAAUAACAAUAAAAACAAACACAACAAACACACAUGUUUGUAUACUCGUAUCAGUGCAUGCGAUCAAUAACAAUAAACGCUUAACAUAUACAUAUGCACUCGUAUGUAUGUAGCAUUUAUAUCCCCUUCAAAACCAAGUCUACUCAACGCAGCCACCAAGAAUUGUAUAAAAAUGCAGUGCACAAUGGUGCUGGCCAACAGAGUUCAAUAACAGCUGCUGCUGUGAUCUACAAACGGCACAAACAGAAGAGAACAGAACAACACAGAGGCGUCCGGUGUACCGAACAAUCGCUAAGAGCCGAUCAGCCGGGAACAAAGCGGUGCCGGAAUAAUUAUUGGUGUUGGCCAUUGGCGGUGCUUGCUGUUCUUUGUUUUUGUAUUUUGUUUUUGUUGUGAUUGUGAAUAUUAUUGUUUACCAAGUGUUGACAGUGGAAAGCUUACCGAGCAUUGAGCGGUUGUUGUUGCACAAACAAAGUUGCACAAACUCACGCACACAUACACACACACACACACGCAGAGCCACAGUUGGAUUAUAUUGUAGCUGUUGAAUUGAAUUGAAAUAAAAUUAAAUUAAAACUCAGGCAGCAUUUUCCGGCUGCCAGGGCAAUUAAGCGAAAUUUAAGCGUGGCAUUAAAUUAACGGUGCAGGCGUACACAUCUAAACAGCUGGAAGUGCUAUAUUGAGUUGUUGGCAGUGCGAAGUGAACUGAAAUUUGCGAGAUUUAGACUUUUUAUUAGUGAAUUUAUUCAUUCCAAAGUAAUUUUGCUAAAAUGUGUGCUAGAAGUAGGAUUGCUUUGCAGUUGCUGUUGUUAUGGAUGUCUUUGUUGGUGUUCGCAAAUCACUGUGCCUUUGCAGCGAUUCUAGCGCCCUUUUAUGAUGUACAGACUGAUAGAGAAUUCUGCAAUGAUCUACUCACUAAUCUCGAAGAUGAGGUGUACAAUGUCCAGCAACAACAGCCAAACAAUAUGAUACAAGAUUUCAAUAUGGAUGAAGAACUCGAGGAUGAGAGUGCAGAUGACGAGUUUUGUGUGUGGCAUAAAUGCGAUAAUGAUUUGCGUGCGCCACGCGGCUUCAAGAAAUACUUUGAUCUCUCUUUCCUGAAGAAGUUCAUGAGUCAUUUGAAUCCCUUCGGCAUGUCACAGGCAAAUAUGAAUUUCUAUCUCUUCAAACAGGAAUUCCCCGAAUGUGGGCGCGAGUUACGCUUAAGUGAUAAACGCGAAGAAUUGUUGCGUGCGGGCUACAAUCCCAGACAACCAACGCGCAUCAUCAUACACGGCUGGAUGAGUCAAUCGCGGGGUUCUUUCAAUCGCGACGUCAAGAAUGCCUACCUCAAGCGCGGCGAUUACAAUGUGAUUGUGGUUGACUGGAGCGCCAGCGCGACAAAUGUCAAUUAUUUUGCUGUGGUCAAGAUGAUUGAGGGUUUCGGCGCGCAAGUUGCGCGCUUCACACAACAUUUGCAACGUACCGUUAAUGCUAAUUUCGAUGACAUUUAUUUGAUCGGCCACUCAUUGGGCGCACAAAUAGCUGGUGCUGCGGGUAAACUCAUCAAACCUGCGCGUUACAACACUAUCUUUGCGCUAGAUCCGGCUGGGCCGAAGUUUCGCCAUCGCAGCGUCGAAUUUCGUAUCGAUCCUUCGGACGCCAAGUAUGUGGAAUCGAUACAGACCAGUGGUAAUUUGGGUUUCCUCGAACCAACCGGUAAUGCCACCUUCUAUCCGAACUAUGGUUUAUAUCAAGGUCGCUGCUACUAUGUGGGCUGUUCACAUAUACGCGCAUAUAAAAUGUUCGCUGAGUCCAUUGUGAGUGAUGUCGGCUUUUUGGGUCAGCGGUGUGAGCGUCGUGAACCUGAGUGGGAGUGCAACAGAGAUAUGGCGCCCAGUGACUCGUAUCGCAUGGGUGGUGAGCCCGCUCAACAGAAGAUUGGUAUUUUCUAUGUGAAGACGCGUACGGAUGCACCUUUCGCUUUGGGACGCAACUGGAGUGUGGAGGAGAAGGCGUAGAAAGUAAGAAGUGCAUGGGAAUAAGAAAAGGAAGACAUUAGUUCGACUGUUUUAAGUGUGAUAUUUACUUAAGAAAUUUAAUGCCUGCGACCUGGUAUACAAUAGAAAACUGACUUAGAAAUAUUUAAGCUAAGAACUUUAGCUUUAACUUUUUUCAUAAAAUAUUAAUUCUGUUUUAUAU